AAACCAAUGUGAUCAAAUUGAAUGUGUUUUUCCUUCGACAUUGUAAUGAAAAUGAUGAAUAAUAUAUCAAAAUAAAUAAAAAAAGAAAUCAUUGCGAGAGACUUUUUGGACAUUUUACCAGUGAAUUAUACCAGUUUCUUUUAUUGUGUGAUCUACGAUCAAAAGUUAAAUUUGUUCUCUUAUUUGGAAUAUCAUAUAUUUUUAGUUGAAAAUGAAUUCUGCAUCAAGUCGAAUUUUAUACGAUGUGCCAUGUAAAGUGUGCAGUGAUCAUAGUUCUGGCAAGCAUUAUGGAAUAUUUGCAUGUGAUGGAUGUGCUGGUUUUUUCAAACGUUCGAUUCGACGAUCACGUAAUUAUGUAUGCAAAGCAAAAACGGAGGGCAAUUGCGUUGUUGACAAAACCCAUCGGAAUCAGUGUCGUGCGUGUCGAUUAAAAAAAUGCUUUAAAGUUGGUAUGAACAAAGAUGCCGUUCAACAUGAACGUGGUCCAAGGAAUUCAACGCUUCGCCGUCAAAUGGCAAUGUUCAUUGGCAGCAAAGAUAUGAUCAGUUCGGAUGAUGUUAAAAAGAUUCAACAAGAUCUUGUAUUUCGUACACUUCCCAUACAACCGCCAACGAUACCAUCAUACAUUUUGGAUCUAUCCGCCCGGAAUCGUAGUUUAAUUGAACAAUCGGCUUAUCGAACAUCGGUCAUGUCACCAUUUCAUCCAGUUCCAAUGUCACCCACAAAAACCGUUGAAUGGAUUUGUGAAACAGCUGCCCAAUUACUUUUCAUGAAUACACGAUGGAUUAAAGCGUUGUGCCUUGUUAACCCGCUUCCAAUUGGCGAUCAACUUAUAUUGCUUGAACAUUCAUGGACCGAUCUAUUUAUAUUAGGCGCUGCACAAUAUAUGUUACAAUUUAAUUUCAAUCCGUUGCUAUUUGCCUAUCAAAAUAAUGAAAAAAGUGCACUUGUCCACAAUGAGGCCAAUCAAUUUCAAAGUAUACUUUGUAAAUUAGCCGAAAUGAAUAUUGAUAGUCGCGAAUAUAAUUGCAUACGUUCGAUAGCUCUGUAUAAUGCAGCUGCCCGAAUCGAAGCAAAUGACGAAACGAAAGAUGAUUCAACAAAUGCCAAAUUGGAAGAUACAUCAAAGAUAAUCACAUACCGUGAUGAAGCGAUUGCCGAUUUGGCAGCUCACAUAAAUGUUACGAAACCAAUUCAACCGUUGCGAUUACAAAAUUUGAUGCUGAUGUUGGAUCAACUGAAACGAGUAUCAAGUUACACCAUUGAAGAGCUAUUUUUCCGACGACACAUCGGCCAAGAUGUGACCAUUGUCAAACUUAUGGUAGAUAUGUAUAGUCAAGGGAAGAUGUGAAUCGCACAUUUCAUGUGCACAAACAACAAAAACAAAAUAACUGUGCCAAAUACUCAAUGCAAGCGCACUAUAGCGGUAGACAUGACAUUUUUUAUAACAUUAUGCAGCACAUAGUAUAGCAUAGUUACUUAUAGUACAUAGCAUAUAGAUCUGAUAUAUUCUAGCUAUAAUUAGUUUGGCUUAUCGUGGCCAAUGUGCAGGGUGAUGAAAUGAAUAAUGCACAAUUUAGGCUAUUUUGCAGUUAUUAGUACCUAAAAGAUAUCUUUAGAAUUUCAAAAUAGCCGGUGACUACAAAAUAAAGAAAAAAAAUCUUAUUUUUUUACUAAUUUUUUUUUUUUUUUGCAACAGUUCAAUUUGAAUGAAUUGUUUUGCAGCGUUUAGCAUUUGA